AUGCAAGCCAAUAGUUUGAAUGAACGUAUGCAUCUGCUUGUGGAAGAAUAUUCUAUGUCUGGUCACCUGGACAACAUCACUCAGGUCAUGAGUUUACACACUCAGUACCUGGAGUCUUUUCUUCGCAGUCAAUUUUACAUGUUGCGUGUGGAUGGUCCUCUUCCUUUGCCCUACCGGCACUACAUAGCAAUCAUGGCUGCUGCCAGGCACCAAUGUUCCUACCUAAUAAAUACACAUGUGGAAGAGUUUCUGAAGACUGGAGGGAUACCAGAAUGGCUGAAUGGCUUAGAGUACAUUCCUCAAAGGCUGAAAAAUCUGAACGAAAUCAACAAGCUGCUUGCACACCGACCUUGGCUGGUUUCCAAAGAGCACAUUCAGAAACUUGUUAAGACAGGGGAAAAUAAUUGGUCUCUUCCUGAACUGGUGCAUGCUGUGGUCCUUUUGGCACAUUAUCACGCUCUGGCAAGUUUUGUCUUUGGUAGUGGCAUCAACCCAGAGAGGGAUUUUGGUACCUCAAACGGCUACCGGCUCAUAUCGGUUAACAACUUCUGCGUCUGUGAUCUCGCCAAUGACAACAACAUUGAAAACGCAUCCCUCAAGAGUAACAGCUUUGGGCUCUCCGAUUCAUUAAGUGAGCUGGAGGCCUUGAUGGACAGAAUGAAGAGGCUGCAGGAGGAGGAGGAGACUUCCCCAGAAGAGAUGGAUACAUGCUUUGAAAAAGAAAAGUCAGAGAGCCUACUAGUUGUUACCGAAGCAUUUGAUGAUGAAUUAGUUUCCAUGGCAGAUGUUUCCCGCUACGUUGAAGACCCUGGAUUUGGUUACAAAGAUUUUGCAAGACGGGGGGAAGAACAUCUUCCAACAUUUCGAGCCCAGGACUACACCUGGGAAAAUCAUGGAUUCUCCCUUGUGAACAGACUGUAUUCUGAUAUUGGGCAUCUCCUGGAUGAGAAAUUCCGGAUGGUCUACAACCUCACCUACAAUACCAUGGCCAGCCGUGAAGAUGUUGACACCACAAUGUUAAGAAGAGCUUUAUUUAAUUAUGUUCACUGUAUGUUUGGCAUCAGAUACGAUGACUAUGAUUACGGCGAAGUUAAUCAGUUACUUGAACGGAACCUGAAGAUUUACAUUAAGACAGUGACCUGCUACCCAGAGAGAACUACCAAGCGCAUGUACGACAGCUACUGGCGCCAGUUCAAGCACUCAGAAAAGGUCCACGUGAAUCUUCUUCUGAUGGAGGCUCGCAUGCAGGCUGAACUGCUCUACGCCCUUCGUGCCAUCACCCGUCACUUGACCUGACGGGCCGACACAGUUGUAUGUGCAAAGCUUCCAAAUAAGACGAGCAGUAAAAUGCUGCCUGUGGGGUAGCAUCCGGCUACUGGAUUCCGUAGUGUUGAAAGCUGAAGCUGUGUGUCUGGCAGCUGUUACCGUGCAAUGAUCUCUCGCUCUUUCCUCUGUCUGUCUAUAUAUUUCUCGAUGCUUAACUUUACUAGCGAUAGCAAACAUAACACUGUGGAACACUGCUUCUGAAGUGGUUUCCCAUCGAAGUAUUGCUCGCAAACCCUACGCUGGUUUGCUAUCACUGAUUCUUUGCUGUUUUUUCUUGCGCUCGGAAUUAAAACUUUUAAAAUGUGUCUUUUGAGGUUCCAGCUAUCCCACCCAGUCUCUCCUGUAGACAGUAUCCUGCACGGGAUUGUCUUUCUCUUCUCCCUCUCUUCCUUUUAGCUCUUUCCUAAAUACAGUAUAUGCUAUGUUUUAAGCUGAAUUGCUCAGCUAGCUUAUUCUUACAUAAUUCCUAGAAAUGUAAUUCUUCAGCAGUAAUUUGGAGGUCACGUGAAAUGAAUGCAACUGUUAUGCCUGCGUUUUUGAAGAAAAAUGUGAAAGCAACUGCUGCAAAUCCUGCGGCAUGCUACUGAGACACAGCAUUGGAAUACUUUUUUCUGAAUGCAGUGGUUCUUCCCAUAUCCAUUUCAACUGUACAGGUUCAGGGAUUGCCUUAUCCUCUUUGGCCUACGAUUGUUUGCUUUUUGCCCCUCCAAGUGCACGGAGGUUCUUUGCAACCCAAGUCAGCAACUCGGUUUAACUUGGCAUAUGGGAAUUUUUUACCAAGUCACUUUAUAACAUUUUAAAACUUUAACUGGUUCAUAGAUCAGGCAGCACUGCAGGGUGUGGAAGUUCAACACAUGCUGCCUGAUCAAAAGGAAAAAAAAAUCUGCACAAGUUCCCCCCCCCCAAUGGGAAAGUUUGGUCUUGUGCUAAGUCAGACCACUGGAGAGUUGAGACCAGUCCUGUUCUACUCUUCAGCUUCUCCAAACCUUGUGCAUUUGAAGCAUGGAUUCUCUUGCUGAUCUGUAGCUGCUUCCCUGAAAGUUUUAUGUGGUGCUGCCUUCUGUUGGGUCAGAUCUUUGAUCCAUCUUGCCCAGUAUCACUAGUUCUGGUUGGCAGUCGUUCCAUUAGAAUCUCAGGUAAGCAUCUUUAAUUCCCUUAUAACUUGAGAUCGUUUCACUAGAGAUGCCAAGACCCCUUUUACAAGCAAAGAAAGUGCUUUCCCAUGAAGUUACAGCUUCUUCCACUGCUGUUUCUUUUUUUAAAAAAUGAUUAUAUAAGAGUAAUUAGAGUGGUGUUCAAUUCAAGCUUUAGAAAUUUGAUUCCGGUUGUAUUUCCCUGAGUGGUAGUGUCAGAGCAGGGUUUUUUAUAUAUAUAUUUUAAAGCUAUGAAUCAUGUUUCUGUGUGUUGUCAUGAGUGAACAAAGGAAGUGCAAUAUUUGAGCAGAAAGGCAAGUUUUUCCCUAACAAACUUCCUGCUGAAAAGUCCCGUUCAAAAUGGCUGGAGAACAGCUGUUUGUUCCUUCCCAAACAUUGCUACUACCCUUGGCUUGCUUGCCUUGAACAAUCAGCUACUCUUACAUUGCCAAAGCAUCUAUUAAAUAAAACUGGGGUGGAGCACACAUCCCCAUACACUUCUGUGGAACCUUGGUUCCUUCCAGUGGAGACCCCAGUGUGAGUUUCAGAGAAGUGAAUGGCAAAUGUGCCACAGUCACUUUGAUUAGGUGGUUCCCAUUGGCAGGUGGCCUUUUUGAGGAAAAGAUGUGAAUUGCCAAAAAAGAUCCCGUCUCUGUGGUGCCUGAGCACACUGUUACAGUUUUAGAGCACAAGAUAUCAGUGUUUUUAUAGCUUUAAGUGUGUUAUGUUGAAUUUCAGCGAAGUGCCUGAAUACUGACCCACUGAGACAGUGACUUUUCAGUUAUGGGCCCAUUCCAGGGAACGUUAGUCAUAGCUGAGUCCCACUGAAAUCUAAGCUGCUUUGGCCCAACUGUGACUGUCUUGUCAAAGUCGACAACUUGCCCACUGCCUUUGAGUGGACGUACUCUACCAAUAUUAUCUAAUCACUGACCAACAUUUUGGCAACAAGAUUCAGUUGUGACUAACAUCUGCUGGACUUGUUUUGAAGUAGACUUCUCCCUCACCCACCCACCCCUUAAGACUGACUUCAGUUUGUUUUUCUAUGCUUUGGAAAUGAACGAAAUGGGUUUUCUUUUAUUCUAAAUGAGCUGUAGAAAGCAAUAUAGAAUCAUUUUGAAAAAACUGAAAGAUUUUCAUAAUGGUUUGUUUUAUAAGAGUGAUUUUGAAAGUCUUUCCAUGUAAAAACAAAACAAAACAAAAUACAAAAAUGACCAGACCAGGGUUAUUUUGUUGAAAUUUUUAAAACUUAAUUCUUUCCUCUUCUAUUACUGUUGUGAUAGGAUGUUGUUCUCCUACCCCUCUUCCCCCUUUCAGAUGUUGAAAUGAUUGUUCACUUUCCUGUACAGAGUUUUCUGUAUGUCAAACUAUAAGCUAUUUUUGAUAUCAACAUUCUCUGGGGAUACAUUUACACUACAGAUUUCUGUCAGCUGCAUCAAUUGCACUGUUGUGGCUUCUCUUAAAGAAAUCUAGAAAUCCUAAUUUGAGGAGAGCAUUUAGAGUUCUCUGUAAAACUAAUUUUUUAAAAAAAUCUUGUGCUCCCCAUCCACCCUAAGCAUUAUCUCCCUCUUGGUGUUAUCCUUUUUGCAGUUCUGCCCUUGGGAAGAAAUUCAGUUGAAUGGAGUCAGCUGUUAAAUUAGAGCUGCCCUGUGGCAAGAACGGGGCCAUUCUGUGUGGGAGGCACCAACCACACACCAACCUAAGCUGAGUUGGCUGCCACUUGACAAACUUUUCCAGUCCUCCCUCCUUUGCAGGUACAGAUGGCACAGGAAUUUCAUAUGCAAAGAGAAAAGUCUCUCGGUUGUUUUGCUAUGGUAAAAGUCGGGCACGUGUUCUUCUCUCGGCAUAGGUUUGCUGUGUCCAGAAUCUCACUGAACCAGCGGAAGAGUUGAGCACACUUACAGGGAUCAGUGCCAUUUUUAGCUUUGAGUGAACUCUGGCUUUGAACUAGAGCCAUUAUGGAGGCGGAGAAAAAGCUAGUGAGAACUAGUCUCCCAGCCCUAAAGCAGCAGAGUAACUGCUGGAGAGAAAAGGGAGGUAGAAGAGGGGACUGAUGUCUUUCCCUGCAUCUCUCUCCUCUUUGCUUUGUAUUCUCAAUCAGGUUCUCUCCUGUUUGUCACUAGACGAGAAGGGACACUGGGAGGAAUAGCAAUCUCUGGGGGAGGUGGGCAGCAUAUAAAUUUAAUAAUAAAUAAAGUGAUGGAAGGUUAAAGCAUCCUUUGUCCUACUGCUCUACAGAUGAUUUGGUUUGUCUUAACAGGAAUGGUUACAUAGGUGAUCUGGUCCGUGUUUUGAUUAUAAGAGAUUUAAUUUUCCUUUCAGAGGGAGGUGGAAUUGUUUUCUUUUUAAUAGAAACCGGUGUUCUAAAUGCAGAAGCAGCAAUGUCUUUUCUUGUAAAAGUUUCCUUUUAUUAUAACGGAAGAGUCAUCUUGCCAAGAGGCAAAUAGGCUUUACAUUUCUAAGACUUUGUUUACUUUUUCUUUCCUUGGUGAAAUAUCUAACUUCUAAAUUCAUUAAUGGAAGCAAAUGUUUGAUUUCACUGGGUGCCAGAUCUGCAUUUGGCACUCAAGGUUGAAGCCUGCUCUUUGAAAAUUAGGGUUUUUCCUUAGAAAUAGAAUGGCAAGUCUGAACGUUAUAAAAAUGUUUCCAAGGUAGUAAGUUCAGACUAGUAUGAUUUGGUGUGGUCAAGUAGAGUGGUUAGAUUUAUAUACUUAAAUAAGUUGGAGUUACGUCUCUGUUUUUACAUGCUGAACAUUCAGAAUAGACAUCCAUUUUUACUUUGUUUUUUAUCUGAUUUAUUGCUUAAGCUCACACGUGUGCCAAACUAUAAAUGUGCAAAAAAAAGAGGGGGAGGGAAGCACAUGUGAAAGAAUCAACAUUUAUGUAUUAAAAUCUAACACAAUUGUUUGUUGCAUAGGCAUAGUUUUCUGUUUUGCUUCUGUUACUGUGGCUUUAGUUGUCAGUAGCUGGUGGCCCAUGGACCAAAAUCUGUCCCACUAUCAGCCAAGGGGCAAACAAGAGCUGCAAGUCGGACUGUCAACAGUAAUAUCACUCUGGAGAGGAGGGUUGAGGAACCUGUGGCCUUCCAGAAGUUGCUGGACUACAGUCCCCAGCAUUGUGCACAUGUAGGUGGAGUUAGAAGUAGCAUCUGAACAACUUCUGGAGAUUCAUGUUUUCUUCCCUUGUUGAAGAGCUAGGCAGUACAGCAAACUUCCCCAAGUGUAGGGAGGGCAGAAGUUGAGGUUUUGGCUCUAGAUAGGACAUAAUAAGGCCCUCAAGCAUUUGUUCAUUUGUUCUGCUGUAUUGUUUGGGCAAAACCUAAAUUGGGUGAUUUCAUAAUUUCUCCCCCCACCUCAGUUUUUAUCAGCUGUAUUGAGUUCAUACAGAGAGAUGGGUCAACAAUUGCAGUUGGCCAAGAGAUAGUAUCUGAGUAAGGGGAAAGAAUUAUAACUUGAAUUUCUAACUCCCAGGCAUAGGAAAUGCUUAUAUGUGGCAAACCCCAGGUACUAAUCCCAGACAAGAGUUGGGACAAAACGGAGUGCAAAAUCUACUGUGCAAAAAUCCUCUGCAUACUUACUUUGAAGUAACUUCCCCUGCCUAAGUAGGCACAGGACUGCAGCCCAGAUCCAGUUGUGAUUUUGGGGAGGGGGGGAGGGUGCUUGGUUUUUUCCCAGCAUGUUUUAUUUUUGUUCUUUUGUGAGAUUAGUAUCUGGGGAGUUGUGAUGAAAAGUAUCUGCACAGGAAAUAGGAUAUAUUCAUAGGCUAAAUGGAAGCAGCUAAUCUCUGCAUGAUGAGAACCCAGAUUCUGCAACUGGAAUUUGUUGUUGUUG